GGUACUAAGAGGAGGAGGGAGGCGGUGGCGGAGGCAGGCUCCAAGCGCAGCCUCCUCUCCCCGCAGCGCUGGGGCUCAGGUACAGCUUUCCCGAUGCUGGUGGGAGAUUUUCCGGCUCGUUUCUCCGCACUGAGGAGCCGAUGGCCGCAGAUGAAGGUAGUUUCACCUUUCCUAAGUGUGAGUGUGGACGGAAGGAGUGCCUGGGGCGGCUGAUUCCUCUUUAAGGCAAGAGAGCAAGCGGCUGGGAGGGGAGUGCCUGCCUUAAUUGCUUACUUCCAUCACGCACCGAGAUGGCCUGAACGGAUCCCUUCUCUUCCUCUCGGCUUUUCUCCUUCUCACCACCGCCUCCGUUCUCCACAGGCCCCCUCUGGACAAAGGAGCAUAAACUUGAAGGAGCUGGGGCUUCGGGGGGUUAAAACCUUCGUUCGCAUCGCCGCCCUGCAGCCGACAUGCCCGAACAAAGCAACGAUUACAGGGUGGUUGUCUUCGGAGCCGCCGGGGUCGGUAAAAGCUCCUUGGUCCUUCGUUUUGUAAAGGGGACUUUCAGGGAGACCUACAUCCCUACGAUCGAGGAUACCUACAGGCAGGUUAUCAGCUGCGAUAAGAGCAUCUGCACCCUGCAGAUCACGGACACCACGGGCAGCCACCAGUUCCCUGCCAUGCAGAGGCUGUCCAUCUCCAGGGGACACGCUUUCAUCCUGGUCUACUCGGUCACCAGCAGGCAAUCCAUGCAAGACCUUCAGCCUAUCUUUGAGCAGAUCUGUCAGAUUAAAGAGGACGUCCACAAAAUCCCCAUCAUGUUGGUGGGCAACAAAAGUGAUGAGGUGCAAAGGGAGCUGGAUGCCAGUGAGGGGCAAGCGUUGGCCAGCAAGUGGAAGUGCUCCUUCAUGGAGACCUCGGCCAAAAUGAACUACAACGUGCAGGAGCUCUUCCAGGAGCUCUUGAACCUGGAGAAGAGGCGAAACGUCAGCCUCCAGGUGGAUGGGAAGAAAUCCAAGCAGCUGAAACAGAAAGACAAGCUGCAAGGCAAGUGCUCUGUUAUGUGACUGACUUGGGCUGCACUUGUGUGGAGCCACCAGAGAAGGGACUCCCCCCAUGGAAGACAUAUGUCUGCUGGAGGUUGCAGAUGAACCCAUCCCUGACAGAGCUGCUGCUUUGCUCCUCGACCUCUGCUGGGUUGUUCCUUGUGUUGGUUUGAAAGAGGCUUUCUGCAUGUUUAUUUUUUUAAACCAAUAAAUGUUUGCUGUUAGCAAUUCAA